UCGCAGCUUGGAAAAUGUCUCGUCACGCACCACACACUCAGAAAGAAAGGCGAAGAGAUGAGAUGAGAUGAGAUAAUAUAAUAGGACUUAGUUUGGUUGUUAUAAUUGUGUUGCAGAGAGUCAGAGAGGCCUUAGUUCAGUUUCAUCCAUGGCUUCGGAAAACGCAGCAGCAGCAGCGCCCCACUUCCUUCUGUUGCCAAUAAUGGCGCAAGGGCAUCUGAUUCCAAUGGCGGACUUUGCAAAGCUUCUGGCGGAGCAAGGAGUGAAAGUGACCCUCGUCACCACCCCUCAAAACGCCCCUCGUUUCCAGUCCCUGCUCUCAAAACCCGCCCUCCAAAUUCAAAUCCAAACAAUCAGUUUCCCCCCGGAGAAUGGGAUCCAGUGCGAGAAUUUCGACUCGUUGCCCUCCCUGGAGUUGGGCGCCAAAUUCUUCGCCGACACGUCGCUUCUGCGCGGCCCAACUGAGGAGCUGUUCCAGAGGCUCUCUCCUCGCCCGAGUUGCUUGGUGUCCGACAUGGCGCUGCCUUGGACCGGUGGUAUUGCGCGCAAGUUUAACGUUCCGAGGCUUGUUUUCUACAGCUUGUCCUGCUUUUACCUCCGUGUUAUAACCACUCUGCGAACCACCACCGAUGUGGUUUACAAAAUCAUGGCUGCGGCUGAUUUGGAGCCCGUUACGAUCCCCGAUUUGCCCGACCCAGUGCAGAUCACCAAGGCCAAAUUGAUCUUCAGUUUGGACCCCAUCUUCAUGGACUGGAGCGCCCAAAUGGCUAAGGCCGACCAUGAAUCCUAUGGUUUCGUCCUCAAUUCCUUCCAGGACUUGGAACCCAAAUACCUCUCCGAGUUCAAGAAAGUAACAGGAUCAAAAAAAGUAUGGUGCGUUGGACCUGUUAGUCUAUGCAACAAAGACACAAUGGACAAGACUCAUAGAGGUGACAAGUCAGCGAUUGGCGAACGUGAAUGCCUUGAGUGGCUCGACAAGCAGGACCCUAGCUCAGUCAUCUACGCCGCACUCGGUAGCACAUGCAAUGUGGCAACAUCGCAAAUGAUAGAGCUGGGGCUGGCUCUCCAGGCAUCCAACAGACCAUUCAUCUGGGUCAUAAGACAAACCAAUGCCACACAAGGACUAGAGAAGUGGCUGUCAGAGCACAAUUUCGAGGACAAGGCCAAUGGGAGAGGCCUCGUGGUCCGUGGAUGGGCCCCGCAAGUGCUGAUACUAUCGCACCCUGCCAUCGGUGCAUUCGUAACACAUUGCGGUUGGAACUCGACGAUUGAAGCCAUCGCGACUGGCGUACCAAUGGUGGCGUGGCCGCUCUUCGCCGACCAAAUGUUCAACGAGAUGUUGAUUGUUCAAAUUCUUAAAAUUGGGGCCAGCGUUGGGGUGGAGAAAUGCUAUGCGUGGGGAGCCGAGGAAGAAAUUGGGGUGCAAGUGAAGAAGGAAGCAGUUAUAGAUGCAAUAGAGAAGGUGAUGGAUGGAGAGGAUAAGGAAGGGAUGAGGAGGAGGGUGAGGGAAUUUGCUGAAAGAGCAAAGGCCGCCACGGAAGAUGGAGGUUCUUCUCAUCUCAACGUCAAGCUGUUGAUUAAAGACAUCAUGGAUCAAGGACAUUCUGGCCCGAAUAAAAUUUAGGUCCUUACGGAUAAGUAAACCAUCAUUAAAAAAUAGACGACUAUUUAUUCUAUUUCUCUCUUUUUUAUGCAUUUAUCUCUAUUUUCUUAGUUAGGUCCAACCCGCUAACUUCUCUGAUGCUUCUACUUUCUCACAAAAUUGGGAGGUUGGAUUCAUUUGAGUUGGAGGAUAGGGUCGAGGUAGCUGAAACUAUGAACUCUUGGACUUUGUAUUUUUGAUUGAUGAAGUUAUUUCCAUUGUUGAGUUAAUAUUCUGAACUUAA